CAUGCUUUUUUCUCUCUCUUCACAUUUCCUUUCUUUUUUCUCGGAUUAAAUCAUCUGGUCUGACCUUCUAAUACUGAUCAUCAUCAUCACUAUCAUCUAUCAGUCCAAUCUUUAUCCCCACGCGCCGCUUCCUCCUCAUUCCCUCUCCACGCGCCGUCACCCACCCACACUUCUCUGCUACCUUAUCUUCAGUUUCUAUUUUUUUGUUUUCUAAAAAGGUGAAAAAGGGGGGAUCUGCGGUAAAGAAGAAGGGAAAAAGAAGAAAAAGAAAAGGUAAGGAGGAAGAAACCAAAGGGAAAGUAGGGGCUUUAACUCACCUUGAGCAUGAUUUCAAUCCAAUGCUCGAGCUGAGACCUAAAAUCAAAUGGGUGGAGUGACGUCAUCCAUUGCCUCUAAGUUUGCCUUCUUCCCACCGAAUCCUCCGUCGUACACGGUGGUCCCCGACGAAUCCUGCGCCGGAAAACUUCACAUACCGGAGGUUCCGGAGAGGGAUGCAGUAGAUGUCUUGAAGCUGCGAACCCGAAAGGGGAACGAGAUCGUGGCCGUCCAUGUGAAGCAUCCAAAGGCGUCAGCUACUAUGCUCUACUCUCACGGUAAUGCCGCCGAUUUGGGGCAGAUGUUCGAACUCUUUGUUGAGUUGAGCCUCCGGCUUCGUAUCAAUCUAAUUGGGUAUGAUUACUCUGGAUAUGGACGAUCAACCGGAAAGCCUAGUGAGUGCAAUACAUAUGCCGAUAUCAACGCGGUUUAUAAAUGCUUGAAAGAACAAUAUGGUGUCAAAGAUGAACAGCUGAUAUUGUAUGGUCAGUCUGUGGGCAGUGGCCCCACUAUUGAUCUUGCAUCGCGUCUGCAGAACUUGAGAGGUGUCGUUUUGCACAGUCCGAUAUUAUCUGGGCUCCGAGUUUUGUACCCUGUUAAGAAGACGUAUUGGUUUGACAUUUACAAGAAUGUAGACAAAAUCAGUAUGGUGAAGUGUCCAGUUCUUGUCAUUCAUGGCACAUCAGAUGAAGUUGUGGAUUGUUCCCAUGGGAAGCAGCUAUGGGAGUUAUGUAAGGAAAAGUAUGAACCUAUAUGGAUAAAUGGAGGCGGCCACUGCAAUCUAGAACUUUAUACAGAGUACAUCAAGCACCUAAAGAAGUUUGUUCUGAGUCUAGGGAAAUCAAAACCAACUCCAAAUGGAUCUGCUCAAAAGCCACCUGCACCAUCCGAAUCUGAAAACCAGACCAAAUCAGCUGAAAAUGGUCCUCCUCCUCUUCCUCCUGCAGCUGCAGAUAGGUUUGAUUUGUGCUCCGAUGUUCCAGAAAUUUCUAGAAACAGUUUGGAUAGUCGACUUGAGAAAUCGAAGAAGUCUAAUAAAGCUGAAAAAUCACGGAUGAGCACAGACCGUGUGGACAGAUUUAGGAGAAGAAAAGGCUUAGUGUGGUGAGUGGUUUUGCUGCUGAGGAGAGGCAAGUCUCUAUUUUAUUUUAAUUUCAAUGCCCCUCGCUGAGAUAUGUGGUGUUCAUUAUGGAAAGUAAAGCUGAAAUGGAAAAUAAGAUGCUUGCUUUCCCUUAUCAUGUAAAAAUGACAGUUUAUUGUACAAGUAAUUUCAUUCAGUGGCUCUCUGUCUUGUCUCUUUCUAUGCAUGUACACCUAAAUGUGUUUUUUUUCUUUCUGAUGUACAAGCAUGUUUUUUUCUCUCAAUAGCAGAUUUUUAGGUCUACCAUGUCUUUUAGAGGCUAAAAUAUAUGCAAGCAGUAAUACUCAAGACUUAACAUGGUA